UCCUGCAAGGCAUGCACAGAGACGAAUUGAAGGCUACAGUGAGAAAGCAGCUGCGGGAAGGCGGCGAGCCAUCGCCGUCUUCGUACGACACGGCGUGGGUGGCUAUGGUGCCACUCAGGGGCUUUCCCCAUGCCCCGUGCUACCCACAGUGCGUCCAGUGGAUCCUCGAUAACCAGCAGCCCGACGGGUCAUGGGGCCAAUCGGCCCAAGUAAACAAGGACAUCCUCUUGUCUACGCUGGCAUGUGUCGUUGCUCUUAAGAGAUGGAAUACUGGCCCAAAUCACAUUAGGAGAGGGUUGCGUUUUAUUGGGAGAAACUUCUCGGUUGUCAUGGAUGGGCAGAGUGUCUCCCCUGUGGGGUUUAAUAUCACCUUUUCUGGUCUGCUUAAGCUUGCUUCUGAGAUGGGCCUGGAAAUUCCUGUUAUUAAAACGGACAUCGAUGGUAUUUUUUAUCUCCGGGAGAUCGAGCUAGCAAGGGAUGGCGGUGGCACAGUUGCAGCAAGAAAAGCCUUCAUGGCAUAUGUAUCAGAAGGGCUUGGGAGAAGACAUGAUUGGAACCUUGUGAUGCCAUAUCAGAGGAACAACGGCUCAUUGUUUAACUCGCCUUCAACCACGGCCGCUGCAGCAAUCUACAGCUGCAACGACAGAGCACUCGACUAUUUGGGUUCACUCACUAGCAAAUUCGGUGGCUCAGUACCUGUGAUAUAUCCAGACAAUGUAUACUCCCAGCUUUGCAUGGUGAACACUCUUGAAAAGAUGGGGAUCUCUUCGGAUUUCGCUAGCGAGAUACAGGACAUAUUGGACAUGACUUACAGCUGCUGGAUGCAAAACGAGGAAGAAAUCAUGUCGGAUAUGGCGACGUGUGCAAAGGCAUUCCGCCUCCUUCGUAUGAAUGGUUAUGACAUCACCUCAGAUGGAAUGGGUCAAUUUGCUGAACAAUCCUGCUACGAUGAUUCAAUUCAUGCAUAUGUCAAUGACAUCCAGCCUUUGCUGGAGCUGUACAGAAGUUCACAAGUUCGAUUCUCGGAAGAUGAUUUGAUCCUAGAAAAGAUUGGUUCUUGGUCAGCUAAAUUACUGAAGCAGCAACUCUCCACCAGAAAGAUAUCAAAACCAUUAGUCCAGGAGAUCGAGUAUGCCCUUGAGUUCCCCAUCUUUGCAACCGUGGAACCACUGGAGCACAAGGGGAACAUAGAACGGUUCAAGACAAACAGCUUCCAGCUUCUGAAAUCAGGACACUGCGCCAACCCAGAAAUCCUCUCUUUGGCCAUCGACAAAUUCGGAUCCACGCAGUCCAUUUUCCAACAAGAACUCCAGGAGGUCAACAGAUGGGUGAAGGAACACAGGCUGGACGAGCUGAAGUUCGCAAGGAUACUGCCGCUGCACGCGUAUUUCUGCGCAGUCGUGCCGCUGUUCCCUCCCGAGCUGUCCGCCGCCCGCGUCGCCUGGAGCCAGAACGCCGUGCUGACGACGGCCGUCGACGACCUGUUCGACGGCGAGGGCUCCAUGGAGGAGCUGAGGAACCUGGUGGAGGUCAUCGAGAAAUGGGACAACCACGCCGAGGUUGGGUUCGUCUCGGAGCGCGUUGAGAUCUUGUUCAAGGCUGUUUACAACACGACCAGGGGUAUCGGUGCAGUAACCGCGCAGCUGCAGAAUCGUAGCGUCAUGGAUCAUCUUGCGGAGCUAUGGGCGAUGGCGGUGAGGGGGAUGCUGACGGAGGCGGAGUGGCGGAUGAGCAAGUACAUCCCGGCGACGAUGGAGGAGUACAUGUCGGCGGCGGAGUACUCCUUCGCGUACGGCCCCAUCAUCCCGGCGUCGGCGUACCUGCUCGGCGAGCCGCUGCCGGAGGAGGCGGUGAGGAGCGAGGAGUACACCCGGCUGCUGCAGCUCGCCAGCACCGUCGGCCGGCUGAUCAACGACGCGGUGGGGGUCGAGAGGGAGAUGCGGGUGGGCAAGCCCAACAGCGUCGUGGUGCAGGCCGCCGGCGGCUGCGGCGCGAUGUCCCUGGCGGCCGUCGAGGCGGCCAAGGAGGAGGUGAGGAGGGCCAUCCGGGCGGCCAGGUGGGAGCUGCAGCGGCUGGCGUUCAGGGACGGCGCCGUCGUCCCGCGGCGGUGCAGGGAGCUCUCCUGGCACGGCGGCAAGGUGGCCAGCUUCUUCUACCGGGAGGAAGACGCCUACACCAAUGAGACGAUGUGGACCAUGGCCAACGCCGUGAUUGUGGAUCCGCUGCAGCUGCAAUGAAACACACCUCCUUCCAUCGAUCUUGGUCGGGAACAUGAACAUGCUGAUUGCUCAGCAGUCCGGUACAAAAGUGACACAAAAACAUAAACGUGAUAUGGUUAAUCAUUUGUAAAAUCGUUAAUUCCUGUGAAG